UCUCAGACCAAACCAUGGCCUAUAUAGCAUCUCCCACAGCAACGUGGGACACGAUCGAGGAUGUCUUCUACCGCAAGGAGGAGGUCUACCAGAUGGCGUGGAACGUACCCGACCUGUCAGACUACCUCGUCGCUGUGAGCCGGAACGGCGGUCCCAUCGCCCUCAUGCGUGAUGAACGCAAGAUCCUACUGCAGAGCCGGCACACGGGCGGCAAGCCCAAGAUCCAGGUGUACACCAGCUCUGGACGACUCAUCGCGACCUUCACCUGGGAGCUGUCACCGCCGAUUCUCCUCCAGUUUACUGGAACCCACCUCGCUGUCGUCUCCGAUGAGGGCACGUACAGGCUGUACGACCUCAGCAGCCCGGGCGAGUACACUCAGCACACGCUGGGCCCGGAGGUGGCCGACCUCGGUGUCGUGUCUGCUCGCGCGUGGGAGGACGGGCUGGUGGUCCUCACUGGUGGCCUGCAGUUUGUCGAGACGCGCGGGUGGAAGGGCGGCCGUGUGUCCCAGCUCGUGGACAGCGGACUGACCGAGGCGCCACACUCGUGGGCCGUCAUCCCACCAGAGUACUCGGCGAGCGGGCACGUCGAGGUGCAGGUAUCCACCGGCUCGACGGUGGUCACGCUCGAUGCGCUGGAACGCGUCGACCAGCGGAUCAGCCGUGGGCCAUUCAGCCAUAUUGCGCUUAGCCCCAACGGCCGCUUCCUCGCUCUCGUCACCGCGACGGGCAUGCUCUGGGUCGUGUCGUCUGACUUUGCGCGCAACCUCUCCGAGGUCGACAUCUCGCAGUUUGCAGGCAGCGGUACAGAUCUCCAUGGGCUCCCUGACCGCCUGCCCGAGAGAGUCAAGUGGUGUGGCGACAAUGCCGUCGUGUUGUCCUGGGGCGGCAGAGUCGUGAUUGUCGGCCCGAAGGGCGAGUCCAUCCAGUACGACUACCCGCCAGCCGCUGUCAUCGUCGGCGAAGUGGAUUCACUCAGGAUCAUCUCGUCGGCGACAUGUGAGGUGCUGCAGAAGGUCCCAGACGCACUCCUCGCCGUCUUUAGGCCCGGUUCAGACCACCCGGCAGCGGUGCUGUACGAUGCUCUCGACCACUUUGAGCGCAAGUCGCCCAAGGCGGACGAGGCAAUCCGGAGCAUCCGGCCUGAUCUUGCCCGCGCAGUCGACACUUGCAUCGAGGCGGCAGGGCAAGAAUGGGAGGUGACAUGGCAGCGGAGACUGCUCAAGGCUGCUCAGUUUGGCCGCGCCUUCCUCGACCUGUACAACCCCAACGACUUUGUCACGAUGGCGCAGACCCUCAAGGUGCUCAAUGCGGUCCGGUACUACGAGGUCGGAAUUCCCAUCACGUAUCAGCAGUAUACUUCCGCCGGGGCACCAGCGCUCAUCUCCCGCCUGCUGACGAGGAACGAGCACGUCCUCGCCCUCCGCAUCUCCCAGCAUCUCGGCCUGCGCCCCGACCCCGUACUCAAGCACUGGGCCGCCGCGCGCAUCACCCGCGCGAAGGGCGACCCAAGAGAUACCGACGGUGAUGCCGCGCUGUGCGAUGCCAUCGUCAGCAAGUUUGAAAAGGAGGGCGAGAAGGACGUCAGCUACUCUGAGAUUGCCCAGAAGGCAUACGAGAACGGACGGGUGCGACUGGCUACAAUGCUUCUUGACCACGAGUCUCGCGCAGCCGAGCAAGUGCCCCUCCUCCUGAAAAUGAAGCAAGACAAGAUUGCGCUGGAGAAGGCCGUGGGGUCAGGCGACACAGACCUCGUCUACCACGUCCUGUUGCGCCUGCACUCCUCCCUCUCACCCGGAGAGUUCUUCGCCGUGCUCGACGACUCGCUCUCUCCGCAGCUCACGCCCGCUGUCAAGCUUCUGCAAGUAUACGCGAAAGAAAACGACCGACAGCUCCUCCGCGACUUCUACUACCAGGAUGACCGGCGGACAGAGAACGCGACGCUCGAGAUGGAGGAGGCGGGCACCAGCGCGGUCGCCGAGGAGCGGAUAGAGCACCUGAAGCAGGCUGCCAAGUUCUUCGGCGAGGAUAAGGCGCGUGCCUUCGAGUCCAAGAUGGCCGACGAGGCACAGCGCCUCCUCGCCGUCCAGCUGCUGUACGAGCGUGAGACGGACCACAGGCAUGUUUUUGCCGGCCUGACGGUCGACGCGUUCAUCACGGAGCUGCUCAUUGAGAAGCUGGAUAAGCGCGCUGAGCGUAUCCGGGCCGAGUGGAAGGUGCCGGACAAGCGGUGGUGGUGGCUCAAGCUCAAGGCGCUCGCCAAGACGCACAGCUGGGAGGCCAUCGAGACGUUUGCCAAGAGCAAGAAGAGCCCGAUUGGGUACGAGCCGUUUGUGACCCACCUCCUCUCGCUCGACCCACCGCAGCCCCUCCACGCGGCGAGCUUCGUGGCGCGGUGCGACGCCAAGGCCAGGCCGGACCUGUAUGCCAAGUGCGGCCAGUGGGGCAAGGCUGCCGAGUCGGCCAAGGAGCGCGGGGACAAGGACAAGCUCGAGGAGAUUCGCAGGUUGGCACCACCUGGCCUGCCACAACGAGAGGUCGAGGAGGUCAUCCGCCGACCAAAGUAGCUGUCUCAAGCACGUUAAAUACCACGCAUAAUACCUGUAAUCAAUGCAUGCACUACACUUUCUGG